GGGCUAAGAGAGAUUAAAGUGAACACUGAAAGGGGAAAAAAGUGGGCACGAAACGAUGAACGGCCAGCCGAAACCCGAAAACCACUCCUACGGGGAUCAGCCGCCCCAUAAAUCAGGGCAAUCAGCUCUGCUCGGUUUGCCCCGCUCGCAAUGGCAUCUUCCAAGAGCAGAUGCAGUGCUUCCGUGCUUUCUUCCCUAUCCUCUCUCCGCCAUUUUCAAUCUACUUCUUCCCCCAACUUCUCAGUUCACGGCUCCUCUUCUCCCAGCCGAAAUGCUUAUUCUUACUCUGCAAAUUUCGAUUUUGCAAGAUCCGUGUCGCCAAAGACAAAUCUUCAGGCCCGCCGCCCGGUCAGUUCUGUUCCGCCCAAUCCAGUGAGGAAGAUGUGCCUGUGUUCACCUAGCAAUCAUCCAGGUGCGUUCCGUUGCAGUCUCCAUAGAAAUUGCCCCACUUCCUCUGCGUCCCCCAAUUCUCAGCUACAGAUACGUAGAUCGGCGAUGAAAAAUUCGAUUGUGAGAAUCGGCAGCAUGGAAGGAGGAGAAUGGGUGAAGAGGGCACUCACUUCGAACAUCCGCCCUUCCUCUCACCAAUUGCGAAGGAGAACGUCUUUCCGCCCGCAGCCCAGCAGGCUCCGCCAUGUGACCAGAGCAGAAGACGUAGAUUUUUCUUGAAGCCUGGCUUUAUUACCUGUGCUAGAAAUAUCCCGUUUCGGGUCAAUGAACACGCAGUGAGGCACGUGGGCGGUACAGGGCCGGUCCAGGAAUAGCGCGGCAUUUCAAUCGUCUUUCUGCGAGAGUUAACUAGUUCCUUCCAUGGCUAGAUAUAUUCUUACCUGGUUUCCCAUGCGACCAGCGUACAUGGGUAAAUCAGUGUUUCCAGAAACUAAACCCUACCAAAACCCCCAUAUGGUUAAUUAUAUAUUGUACAUUAAUGAUCUCAAACAAUUCUAUUUUAUCA